UGAUUUUCUGACUUCCAGAGGUAUUGGUUGUUUUAGGAAAAAGGAAGUCUGUUCAGAGAGAAUUCUCUUGAAGCGCCUUUUUUGUGGGCGUAACCGUGUGGCUGGAAAUGGGCGAGCGAAGAAUGGCCAGUAUAUUUCCCGAAUGUGAUGAAUUGAAGCAGAACUACGAUAAAUGCUUCACCGAAUUCUUUCAAAAAUUCAUCACACCGAACUAUAGGCAUAAAUAUGCUGUGAAUCCCUGCGAUAGGCUCCAUCAAGCAUACCGGGAAUGUGUUGAACAACGACUGGCUAAGGAUCGACCUUUCGAAAUUGAUCUUGCUGAAGUCCAGAAAGAGUUCUUGAAUACAGAAGGAGACAAGUUGAAAGGUAGUCAGGAGGAAAAGUAGUGCUACUUUCACCUUGAUAUUCUAACAUUGUAAUUUCGUUGUUGAUUUGUUGUCAUAUUGUAUGAUAAAAUCAGUUGUAUGUAUAAAUUUUGCAAGAUUUAUGUAUGUAUAAAGUUUAUGGAGCC